AUGAAGGGAUUCAAGCUCAGCGCCCUCCUCGUGGCCAGCGCCCUCGCGCUCUUCUCGGCCACGUCUGAUGUCGCCGCCGCUCCGGGCCAGCUGACGACGCGACAGAGCCUGAUGCAGGUCGAAGGCCUGAUGGCGCACAAGGAGGCCUCGCGCCAGCGGUGCCGCGAGCAGGGCCUGUGUGGCAAGUACAACCCGGACGCCAACGCACGCCGCGUCGCGCCGCGCGCCGCCACCUGCGUCAACGGCAAGGCGGGCGAGUACCCGUGCCGCAACGUCAACAUGCUCGACAUGCUCUCGCACACCGAGAUGGGAUCCAAGACCGCCGAGGGCAACGACUGCUGGGGCUGGACCUCGGGCGGACGCGAGUUCGGCCUCGUCGGCCAGACCGACGGCACCGCCUUUGUCGAGAUCAACGCCUCGACCGGCGCCAUGAAGUACCUCGGACGCCUCCCCACCCAGACCGUCAACAGCAUCUGGAGAGACAUCAAGGUGAUCGGCAAUUACGCCUACAUCGGCGCCGAGGCUUCGGGCCACGGCCUGCAGAUCUUUGACCUGCGCAAGCUCCUCACCGUCACGACGCCCCAGACCUUCACCGCCGGCGCCGUCUUCAAGGGCUUUGGCUCGUCGCACAACAUUGUCAACAGCGCCAACCCCAACGUCAUCAUCGCCGUCGGCCAGACGACGUGCUCGGGCGGCCCGCACUUUGUCGACGUGAGCAACCCGCUGUCGCCCAAGGACCUCGGGUGCUACGGCGGCGACGGCUACACGCACGACGCCCAGUGCGUCACCUACAACGGCCCCGACACGGCCUACAAGGGCAAGGAGGUGUGCUUCGCGUACAACGAAGACACGCUCACCAUCCUCGACGUGAGCGACAAGCGCAACGUCAAGCUCAUCUCGCGCACGCCGUACCGCGGCAGCGCCUACACCCACCAGGGCUGGCUGACGGACGCGAGCCAGACCUACCUCCUGCUCGACGACGAGCUCGACGAGGAGAAGGCCACCGUCUCGGCCGCCGACGGCCACACGCGCACCUACCUCUGGAACAUCAAGAACCUCUCCAAGCCCGUCCUCGAGGGCGCCUACCGCUCGCCCGUCACCUCCAUCGACCACAACCAGUACGUCGUCAACGGCUACUCGUACCAGGCCAACUACGCCAGCGGCCUCCGCAUCGUCGACGUCCGCAACGUCGCCAACGGCGGCGGCCUCGCCUCGAUGAAGGAGGCCGGCUUCUUUGACGUCCGCCCCGAGGACGACGUCGUCGACUUCUACGGCUCCUGGAACGCCUAUCCCUUCCCCAGCGGCAAGGUGCUCGUCAACUCUAUCGAGCGCGGCGCCUACGUCGUCAAGCCGACCUUCAACUAG